GCCGACAAGCAGCCCAAGCGCCGCGCAAAUUGGAGCGUCCGAAAACGAUCGAAGAACGAUGACGUACAGCAAAAGGAUCGUGAACCACCUGUGAACCGACUCGGAAACGCCAGGACGGAGAUGGUCUUUGAGGAUUACGAUUGAUGACUAAUUAGAAGAUCAAGGAUAACAGACAUGAAAUACUUGAAAGUCGCGUUGUUCACAUUCAAUCUAUUAAUAUGGUUGGCUGGCUGCACGGUGCUCGUUAUAGGCGCGUGGUUGCUCCUGGAGCCCAGCAAAGGACACCUCCUCAAUCUUUUCGUACCUGACAUCAAGCCGCACGAGACUAUCAAUCUGAUAGCAUACAGCCUCCUCGGGCUCGGCUUCAUCGUGCUCACGGUCGGCUUCUUCGGCUGCCGCGCCGCGUUACGCGGAAAUCAAUGCAUCCUCGCCACCUACAUGAGCAUGCUGGUCGCGCUCAUCAUCACGGAACUGGCAACGGCCGCGAUCGGCGGGUUGAUGACUUUUCAGAUCAUGUCGGAUCUGGAGGAAAGGCUCACCAGUAAAUUGGCGGUGGAUUACGGUCACGAUAUCACCAGUGAUAUCCCUUUCAGCCAUAGUUUGGAUUUCGCGCAAUAUAAGUUUAAUUGUUGCGGAAUAUACGGAGACAACGAUUACAAUGGCACGGCUUGGUGGAGGGACAGCCAAAUCUCGGGAAUCAAGAAGCAGGUUCCCCUCACGUGUUGUGUUCUCAAAAAUAGCGAGAGUAAAAAUACAGGCAGUCCGAUGAGCGUGGUCUCGAGAGUGUUUCACAAAAAUAAUGAGAAGCCGUGGCUCCAUCCGCAGCCAAGGGAUGAGGCCGCGUGUCAAGUAGAAGAUGAAGAGGGUCACGAGGGAUAUAGGCACAAAGAGGGUUGCCUUGGAAAAGUCACGAACUGGCUGCAGUUCGAGAGUUUCACGUUAGUGUUUCUUGGCAUGGCCAUGGCGGGAAUACAGACGUUUGGGAUAAUAACGUCCGCUUUCCUCUGUCGAACGAUAAGAGAUAUGCAGGAAGAAUGAUCCAGGGUUCGUAGUCUCAAUGAAGUAAAGAGAAUGUCGUGGCACGUUCAGUCUUUACAUUGACACUUUGGGAGAAGAAACAUAUUUAUUUUGCAUCUUCGUGCUGCUUGGGAAGAUAUCCGAAAUGUGUUUCGGUCAUGUGAGCUGGGACAAUGAUCGAGGGAUUCGCAAAACAAUACCGUGGGGAAGAGAGUAAUCUAAAUAUUUGUUCUGUUCCAUGAGGUGUCUAUUCAUUGAGAACUUCGAAACGAAAUAACGAUAAGUGCUACGCUUAAAUAAGUUUAGAUCGAUUUCCACCCCUGUGCGCGUUUUGCUGCCAAUCAGCAAUAAUGUGACCAAUACACUCUGUUGUACACAUACAACAUCUGUGUCGUGUUCAAUCUAACUAAUACUAACAAUAGCGAUUGCAACAUUACAAUGCUGGUGUUUUACAGUGAUCACCGACGAAGUUUGGUUAACAACAUGACAUUGUCAUCUUGUAAAUACACUUGCCAGUGCCAAGAAGCGCUGCGUGCGUGAGAACUUUUGAAUUAUUUUCUUCUUUGUGGAAAAUUUACCUGAUUUGAGAUGCAAACUAAUUUUUCGCACAAAGUUGUAUAUGAAUUUUUGAAGAAAUAUCAUAAUUUUUAAUGAAUAAGAGGUUUAUGUGAGUAUACUUAGGGGAGACUGAGGCUGAUUGAUAUAUUCUAUUAAUAGACUGCUAAAAAAUCUUAGUAGUCCAAUAAGAAAUACUUGAAAAUUAUAUAACGCUGAUACACAUUGGCUGAGUUUCCAAAACAUGUUGAACUAGCCUAGAGAUUUUUAGCUGUAAAUUGAAUUAAAGAAAUUAAAAACAUUUGUUUACUUAGUAACAUAUCAUCAAAUUUUUACUUAUAUAUGUAUUUCUACUUAGCCUAAUAAUAUAUGUUCAAGAUAAUGCCAAGAUUGUACCAUUCUGUCAAUUUCUGUGUUUCAACCAUUUGAAAAAAUUCCAAAUUUUAAUCAAUCCCAGCUUCUCCUAAUAAUCGUGUAUGUUAGAUCUUUAUAGAUAUUUAUCAUCCAUUUCGAAAUGGAUGGUGCACAUAUAUAAAUACAUUAUAUACAUAUAUAUACAUCGGUGUAUAAAAUGCGUCAUAUUUAUUCUUUAGGGAAACGCUUUCCUCUCUUCGACAUUAAUUUUCGAAGAAUGUAUUAUUAUAACUUGUGCCAAAAAAUUUAUUAUAUAAUGAGUGACACAAAUUUUAAUAUAUUUUUAUUUUCUCAAAAUACUUGGCAAAACAAAUGUCCUGCGUUUAUAGAACGCACCUUAAUGAUAAUAAAGAUGUUGUUCUAUGUGUAAAAA